UAUUUAUUUCGGCUUCCACAUUUUUUGACUUCGAAGAGACAAAAAAUAAAAAUCAGUUUAUUUUAAUUUUUAAUUUUUUACUUUUUCUCUUGUCUUUAUUCAAUUCACCGUUCUUCCCCAGCGCCACACCGGCAUAUUUCUUUCAAGUCACACUGGCACUGUGCUGUUGUUCUCUCUCUUCCUGCAUCCGCUUCCCUCACAUCAGUCAAUCACAGUAUAGGUGAUCGUUUUUUUCUCAUAAUCAGACGGUUCUGGUGCGGUCAAUGGAGAACAGCGACGUCUUCUUGGGGUUGCACGAUUUCCUCGAACGAAUGCGCCAGCCUUCCGCUGCUGAUUUCGUCAAAUCCAUCAAAAGUUUCAUUGUUUCAUUUUCAAAUAAUGCUCCUGAUCCAGAAAGAGACGGUGCUGCAGUGCAGGAGUUCCUUGCCAAUAUGGAGGCUGCAUUUAGAGCUCAUCCACUUUGGGCUGGUUGCUCAGAAGAGGAGCUGGAGAGUGCUGGUGAAGGACUCGAAAAGUAUGUCAUGACAAAGUUAUUUGCACGGGUAUUUGCUUCACUUCCAGAUGAUGCGAAAUAUGAUGAGAAACUUUCUGAGAAGAUGGCAUUGAUUCAACAGUUUGUUCGGCCUGAAAAUCUGGAUAUUAAGCCCAUCUUUCAAAAUGAAACUUCGUGGCUGCUAGCACAAAAAGAGCUGCAGAAGAUAAAUAUGUAUAAAGCUCCAAGGGACAAGCUUGUUUGUAUCCUCAAUUGUUGCAAGGUGAUAAGUAACUUGUUGCUUAAUGUUUCAAUCUCUUCAAAUGAGAAUCCUCCUGGAGCUGAUGAAUUUCUUCCUGUCCUGAUUUAUGUUACUAUAAAGGCAAACCCUCCACAAUUGCACUCAAAUUUGUUGUACAUACAACGGUAUAGGCGUCAAUCUAGAUUAGUUGCAGAAGCAGCUUAUUUUUUUACAAAUAUGCUCUCAGCAGAGUCUUUCAUCUCUAACAUUGAUGCUCAGGCUCUUUCAAUGGAUGAAAUAGAGUUUGAAAAGAACAUGGAAUUUGCUCGAGCUCUUCUGGGUAGCGUUUCAACUGAUGUGGAUGGCCUAUCUAAGCAAACCGAUGAAAGCAUGGGGCGCGUUCCUGGAGAGGAAUAUAGGGCAGUGAAACAUCAAGUUUUAAACACCAAAAAGGAUCCUGUUUUACAAUCAAAAUCAUCUGAAAUGCUUUCUGGAAAUAAGGAAGCAACUUAUGACAAGGAUCAGUUGUCGGUGACAAAAAUCCCAUCCCUCUCAGAUUUAGAAAAUAAAGGGGCGUCCAUGCUUUUGAAGGAGGAGCAGGCAAGCAAAGUCUUCCAGGAGUAUCCUUACUUGUUUGCCAGUGUUGGUGAUCUUACCAUCAGUGAUGUAGAAGGCCUUCUAAAUGAUUAUAAACAACUUGUUUUAAAAUAUGUUUGUCUUUCCAAAGGCUUGGGUGAUGCUACUCCAUCUCUCCCUUUUUCCAGUUCAUCAUCGGAUGUCCAAGAUCAGAUUGAAAGUUCCAAGAAGCCUAAAGAUCAUAAAGCAGCAAACCUAAAUAUUGAUACACAACAGGUUACUGAUAAGACAGAUGAAAGUUCAGAUAAGUUUCCGCAAUUCGAUGAAGCAAAUAAUAGUGAUUUGAAGCAGUUGCAGACUGAAGAUGACACUUCUCAGUAAUAGCUGUGUGAAGAUGCUAUUUGUAGGAGAGCACGUUGAGCUUUUUGAAGUGAUGAAUGAUAGCUGUCACAGUUUUUUACCUUUGAAUGGAGAUCCCUUUGUUUAUUUUCGAGAUAAUGAAAUAGCGGAAGGAAAUGGGGAGUACAGGGGUUGUAUUGUAAUCCAUCAAUUAUUAUUCCAAUGAACAUGCAAUUUCAUUUGCCACUCAGAAACACUCAGCAGAUCAUACUACGAUUGUUUAUGCAUGCAUUUGAGUAGACGUGUUUUCCACUCACUAAUUUCUCAGAAGAUGGGAGUAUGUAUAAACAUUGGUGGAAUACAUUCUUGAUUCACGGUUUGUCAAGAGGCAGGUAUGUUUUUAUUUUGAAUUCUUUUCUUUUCUUUCUUCCUGAUCAUUUCUCCUUUACAAAGAAUCUACAUAAAUGCAGGCUGUAUUGAUGUACAAUACUGGUAUAGCUAAAUGUAACCUCUUCAUUUUGUGUUUUCUUUAUGUUGUUAUUUGGCUCCUAGGAGACUUGAGCAACCUGCAGAUAUGGCAGCCCAUAAAAUUUCCUAAGUCUGAUGUGAAAUAACUGUCACGUUCUUAUUUCAAAUACAACAGUGAUAAUUACACCCAAAAUAAUUACUACAUUGAUAAUACAUUGACAA